GGCCGGGGCGGGAGUGGAAGCCGGAUCCCGCUCUUUCGUUUUCGUUUCCCGGAAGGAUAGCGAUUACCGGAGCGCUCUGAGACCUUCCUGGCCCGGGAAACCCGAGGGCACUUCUCGAAAGAGAUUUCCUCCUACGCGACCUUCCAGUUUUGGGGACCCAGUUAAGGGGCGUGGGAAGGAGGGGCUCAGCGCGCUGAGCAGCCGCGGCCAGGGAAGCGCUCACGACUGACGGCGGGGAGCUGUCUCACCUCCACCUGUAAUGCAGGAGGGAGCACUGGCCAGCUCUUCCGUGAGGCCGGAGGCAGCCACACCACCCCCGGGCACCCAGGCCAGAUGUGAAGCUAGAAUGAACUUGCUGGGUGAAGGGGGAAUCUGCAAGCUACCAGGAAGACUCCGCAUCCAGCCAGCACUCUGGAGCAGGGAGGACGUGUUGUACUGGCUGCGCUGGGCUGAGCAGGAGUACUCUCUGCAGUGCACUGGGGAGCAUGGGUUUGAGAUGAACGGCCGAGCCCUCUGCAUUCUCACCAAGGAUGACUUCCGGCUUCGUGCACCUGGUUCAGGUGACGUCCUCUAUGAGCUGCUCCAGUACAUCAAGACCCAGAGGCAAGCCCUGGUGUGUGGACCCUUUUCUGGAAGGGCCUUCAGACACAAGGUGUCCACUCAGUGCUGCCCCUGCCUCUUGGAAGAGGGGACUGGGCCACUUCCGUUGGUUCCCGGAAGCAAUCUCCUGCAGCAGCCAUCACACCUGGGGCUGGCCAGCUCCUCAAGUCCCCUGGCCAAGUGGCCCCUCAGCAGGGAGGAGUCCCUCAACGUAUCACACUGUGCAGAGCUGGGCUGCAGGGCUAAGGGAGACUGCUCCUUCCCCACCGUGCCACAGGCCCCCAUCGAUGGCAGGAUCGCUGACUGCCGGCUGCUGUGGGAUUAUGUGUACCAGCUACUCUCUGACCCCAGGUACGAGCCCUACAUCCGGUGGGAAGACAAGAAUGCCAAGAUCUUCAGAGUUGUGGAUCCAAAUGGGCUUGCCAGACUCUGGGGAAACCAUAAGAACCGGGUGAACAUGACCUAUGAGAAGAUGUCUCGUGCCUUGCGCCACUACUAUAAGCUGAACAUCAUUAAGAAAGAACCCGGGCAGAAACUCCUAUUCAGAUUUCUGAAGACACCCAGCAAGGUCAGCCAGGAUGAGGACAGCCGCCUGGAGCAGCCAGAGAGCCAGGAGCAGGACAGGAUGGAUUUCAAGGAGAAGAUGCUGGAAGUCUCUCCGUGAGGGUCAGGUGGAUUCUGGGCACCAAGCACUGAUGGACAGAAACUGAGUAUCCCUUGAUGACAGCUAUAUUUCGCCCGGUCGUCUCUGCCUUCCUCACAGAGCAGCAGGGAUCCCCAAUGGGUUUUGCACUCACAGGAUCAUCACUGUUGUCUCAGACCUCAAAGCUGCCUGGGCACCCGGGGGGCUGAGAACUGAGAGGUUUUACAUUCUGGACACUGUGGGGGACAUCGUUCUUGAGUAAGGCAGCCCUGGGGCUCAGUGGGGCGUAAGAGUGAACUCUCUCCCUGCCCUACCCCUUGCUACCUGCUCAGCUUGGGAGCAGUUGCUGGGCACCAAAAGAGUCUCCAACUCAGCUCCUUCAACUUAGAGAAGGUAGCAGGGGCCCCUCAUGGAGCCUUAGCUCCUUCCUCUUUUGUAAGAGGGACCUGUCAGUCUUAGUAAUAACAUCUAACAAUGCUAACUGACAUUGAAGUGACCCCGUGUACCAGG